AAGUCUGAAAUCAGCUCUGUUGUUUUUAGUUUUUAGAAUAGGCUGGCAAAAUUGUAAUAAAGUUCAAGUAAAACAGUUUAGUUUGUUGAGAAUAACGUCAAUGUAGAAUAACAAAUAAGUGUGUAAAGUCCCUGAGAAUAGCGCCGAAUGUAAAUAAAUAUUAAUUCUUUGGAGUAAGUAAGAGCUAUAUAAAUAAAUAGGCAGAGCAAUUUGUUACCGACAAGCGGCACAUGUUCACAAUUGGUAAUAUGCUGAGUCAAGUCGCGGGUGCUGCCAAGAACGGCGGCACCCCAUCGGAGGCUGUGGCUUCUCCACCGCCACCUCCGCCCUCUUCUCCUCCGGCUCCACCGCCACCAACAGAGUUGGCAGAGGCCGCUGCAGCAACGUCACCACAACCUCCACCGCCAUCAACCGCUGAAGUGCGGCAACACAGUAAUCGCAAGGCGACCAGUGGAACAACGUCCGCGAAGAACUCGACAAAUCGGGAGUUUCAAUUCUUCUUCGAGGAUGAAGUGUUUCAUAUCGAUCGUAAAGGCCGGGUUUGUUUUGGUAUUGUCACUGGAACUGCCGAAUCCUAUUCGUCCGAUGAUGAAGAGGAGGAGGUGAACGAUGUGCUAGGCAAGGGUGAGGUUCGAGUUGCCUUUUAUCCGGAGGGCAAGGAGACUGUGCGAACGGAAAAAUCGAUUGGCCUCGCCGACCGCACCCUAAUGCCUGGUGACGUCGUGCGACGCCGUUUGCCUGGCGAGAAACAUUUGUCUGGCCAGGCGGGUUAUGUGCGUGAUGUGAACGUCCAUGCAGAUGUCAAGGUACUGGGCACCAAGUAUAUCAUUCGCAACGUGCCCUCGGAGCGACUGCGUCCCAUUUCUGAAUGGUCGCGCGAUGUAUCCGUUUGUCUGGGCAAUUGGAUUGGCUACACUGUCGGCGUGGAUGAGUCUGUCGUACUGAGGUCCAGUUAUGGGGCACUGCUUGAAAUCACCUCAACGGACUUCCACAAAUUCAAGGAUGCGUAUGGAACGUGUGAGCGUGAAGUGUUCAGUCCCAGCGUGUAUUAUCCCAAUAAUGUGGUGAUUGGACGACUGCCCCCUUUGGAUCGUGUGACCAAUUUAACGCCCGAUUUGCCUUUGCCUACCAACUAUAAACGGCGCUCAUUGUACACUGUGGAGUCUGUGAAGACGACGGGUAUUAAUGUAGCCUGGACUUUUAAGGCUACACCACACUGUGAGAACGGCCAAGAUUUGGAUCCUAUGAAGCAGCCGAAAAGCUGUAUUACUGGUGCAGACUUGGCCAAAGUGAAACGUCUUAACAUCUAUGAAUCCUAUCUCCUGCAAAUUCACGAUCGAUUCUACCUCAAAUAUUCACAAUGUGAUAAGCUCGUUAAAUGCACUCUUUGGGAGCAAGAGCAAGCUAAAUUGUUCCAGUCCAUCUAUCAGCGUCAGAAGGCUGAGGAAAAUAAACAAUACGAGCAAAGUGACCAGGUAAAGCGUGAUUCUGCUUCUGUUCCUGGUGUUGGUCAUGAGGUAUUGCCUUCGCCCUCUGCCGCAUCCAGCUCUCGCACUUCUCACAUGAAUAAAGCCCGGCGGCUGAGUGGUAAACCAAGUAACCAACGACUCAAUCGAUCACUGGGCGAUAACGAAAUUAGUAAUACGCCGCCUAAGCUCAGUACAAUAACUAACUCCGCUGGAAAGAAGACAAAAACGAAUACGGAUGAGAUUUGGGAGACCGACGAGGAACAACCACAAGCAACAACAGAUUCAACUGAUGUCGCGGAUGCCAUUUCGGAUUCCGAAGUCGCUCCUCUCCAAGCCCGUAUUGUGACACGAACUUUUAAGCGUCGACCCAGCAAAAAGAAAUCGCGACCAAGUAAAAAAAUAACGUUGCAUAGAAAAGAAACGGAUCCCAAGGAUGGCGAUGAGAUCGUAGUGGAAACUUUGGUUGUGUACAGCUCACUGACGGUUGUGUGGCAGGAUGGAUCGGUGGAGACGGGUAUACCAUCGACCGAGCUGUAUCCCAUACACCAUUUGGACAAUCAUGAGUUCUUUCCUGGUGACUUUGUCAGCAAAGCGAAUGACUACAGCCCCUCCCAGAUUGAUUAUGGUGUUAUACAGUCCGUGGAUCAUGAUGAGCGUAUUGCCAAAGUUAAAUGGUUUAACAUAUAUGGCAACCUGGAUAAUCCCGUACCAUCAUGCAAGGAAGUGGAAGAGCUUAGCGUAUAUGAUUUAAAAGAUCAUGCCGACUAUCAAUAUCGACCGGGCACCAUGGUCAUAAGAGUGUCAAAUUUUACUGGCGAAGAUCUUAAUUCGACUGCUGGCCAAGUGAUUGAUAACUUUCCAGAUGGUCGUGUACGUGUUUGGUGGGCCAAAGGUCAUAUAACCAUGUGUUAUCCGCAAGAUCUUUUCGAGAUUCACCAAAGCGAUACGCAGGAUGCAUAUGACUCAGAUGACUCUGAUAAUUCCUGGGAAACACAGUCGGAAAAUAGCCACACAAACGACCCCAGUCACACGAUUAAAGCGGAGGAGUAUAUUAUAAAGGGAAUGGAUCGCGCAAAAGAGGCUAUCGAGCGUCUGGAGAAGAUAUUUCAAGUGCUACCAGCUGCACGUAAGCCGGUUAUACUCAAUGAUCUGUUGGCCGUGUAUAAAAACUGUCGGCAGUUGGACCAGUACCUUAAAUCGGAUUUCUUUCACGAAGAUUACUUUUGUGGAAUUCUAGCGCAUAAGCCAAAGCGUGAUUAUGAAUCUUCAACAGAGACUUCGCCCCAAACUGUUCCAUCUGCUCUUCCGGAAAUUGCUCAAACCAACGAGUGCGCCAUGGACGUAAACACGACAGUGCAAAUAGAGCCCCCACUGUCUGGGCAAGCAACGACAACAUCUACGCCUAAUAAACGAAAGUCUUCGACUCUAAUCGAUGAAGUUCAAUGCAAGAAAAACAGCAGUAGCGAGAGGAUCAAUGUUGAGGAUACGGCAGAGCAGGCGAUGUUGCUCGCCAACGUUGAUCUGACCGAAAGUGAGGCACAAUUGACCUACUCCGAGGUGAUUUCCAAGUACCGCGCCGAAUACAAUGAGAUGAUGGGCACUGCACGCACCAACAUACGCAAAGCACUCAAAAAGUGCCUUUGCGUAACAGAUGAUUCGGGUGUUCAUUCACGUGGCGAGAACAGCUCAAGUGAUGUAACUUCGGCUGAUUGCAAGGAUUGCACGGAAGAUAAUGGUAAUAACCAAAGUUUAACAUCGUCUUCCGAAACGAGUAUUGAGUUGAUUGCGAAUCGCGAUGCCGACGUCUGUGAGGUAUUUUGUUUCCUAAUAAAAGAGCAAAUGAUCAAAUGCCAAGAUGCGAUGGCCGAGAAAUUCAUGAAACGAGACUACAUACACCUUGAAGAACAGCAGAUUACAGAUGUAGAUGAUGCUGAGGAGUAUUUGGAGCGGGAUUCACAAGCAGAUAACAACGAUGAUGAUCAGGUUAUGGAGCAGUCAUUGAAUCUGAAUGCACUCUCUGAAUCGCUGCCACCGUUGGAAUGCCCGUCGGCCUGCUCAUCGCCUUCUCAAGUGCAGGCCAUGCUUUCAACAAGCAAUAACUGUUUCGAGGUGGUACCCAAUGCACCGAUAGCUCAUCAUUUCAUUGGAAAUUUGAUAAUGCCCAAUAAUAAGGCGCAGUAUCAGCGCGCCGUUCAGCGGGAGUAUGCUAUGUUACACGCAUCCCUACCUCCAGGUGUGGUUGUGCGUGCUUAUGAGGAUCGUAUGGAUCUCAUAUCCGUAAUGAUGGUUGGCCCCAAGCGCACUCCAUAUGAGAAUGCUCUGUUUUUCUUCGACUUUCAAUUGGGAAGCGAUUAUCCGAAGAGUCCUCCCACCUGUCAUUACAUAAGCUAUUGCACUGAACGUUUGAAUCCGAAUUUGUACGAGGAAGGCAAGGUUUGCGUCUCAUUGCUAGGCACAUGGUCAGGACGCGAUACUGAGGUAUGGACGCCACAAAGCACAAUGCUCCAAGUGUUGGUCUCCAUACAGGGACUCAUACUGGUAGAUGAGCCCUACUAUAAUGAAGCCGGCUACGAGAAGCAACGUGGCACUCAAUUGGGAAAUGAGAACUCGCGUGUCUACAAUGAAAUGGCUAUUAUUAAAAUUGUCCAUUCAACGAUCAAACAACUGCAGAAUCCUCCAUUCAUAUUUCGCAAGGAAUUGAUUGAGCACUACAAAAAGUUUGGCGCAGACUUGCAUGGACGUAUGCGAUCUUGGUCCGAGUACUCGGCUGAAGCGCAGCGAUUGAAGAUAACAUCCAUAAAAAAUAUGCCCGCGGAUUAUAAAACGCUAUACGAAUUGCCGGAAUUUCCACUACUGCCAUGCAGUCGCGGUUUCUGCAUUGCAGUCAAAGGUGUUUUGGAGACACUGCAGAAAGAGUUGACUGCACUCCAAAGAUCGAAGGAUAUUGAGCCAGCUGUUGCGGCGGUUGCCACAGCCCCACGUGCUGAACUCGAGGAUGUAUGAUUGAUGCUGUGAAUAUUAGCAACGCUUUGUAUCAGCUUUGCCUUUGUUGUGGUGCCUAUGAAAAACACAAGACUAUCGCCGCCUAACUCUCGAAACUGAGCCUUAAGCAGGGCCAACAUACUUCAUUUAUAAUAUAUUUAAGAAGUGCUCUCAGCUCGAAUAGUAUCAUAUAAUUACGAAAAUAGUCAGCUAUAUCAGCUACAUAUAUCGAAUCAAAAACGAUCAUUUGCUUAAAUUAUUCGAUUGUUCUUUAUAACCAUAUUUAUUUAUUAUAUUUAUAUAUUAGUCAAGCUCGUGCGCAUUACCUAUCAAAUGUUGAAUGUCCGUACUUUAGAAAUGACAUAUUUAACAUUUCUUUGUGUAAAUAAUCACCUUUCCGCCAAAAAUAGUGUA